GGGAAUCAAAUCAGAAGUCAAAAGCAAUGUUCAAACAAAACAGCACAGACAGAUUUUGUUUCACCAACAGACUGUUGGUUAAGUAUUUAUAUUUUAUUGUUUUUCCUGUUUGUAAUAGAAAUUGACAUGAACAAUGCUAUGAAGUGAUUAAUAUUUUGUUUGUAUUUAGAUGUGAUUGGAUCAGUGUUUAAGUAUGUAACCGGUUGCCUACCAAUAAAAUUGCCUGUGGCUGUGGCUAACCUAAAAAGUUUUUGAUUACAAAGUAAGUAGGUAUGUUGAAUCAGAUAUAUUUCUGAUUUUUAAACUAUUUAAUAUAAUUUAAAAAGCCGUUAUCAUGAAGAAGUAUUCCUGUCGCGUAAAGAGUGAGUGUAAACCCCAUUAACAGUUUUUGUUACUUUUCAUUAUUCAAUUUGCUCAUUACUUAUUUGAAAAUGGAUGUUGAACUAUUAAGACCGGGUACAGUUCCAAUGUCCAAAGACACUCUCUUGUGGUUUGAUUUUUUGUUGGAUCCUACUCGUGGUGGACUCAUUGAAAAACAUUUAAGCAAGUCGAAUCCAGACCCCCCGGGGUCUGACCUUAUAAUAAAAUUUUUAACUAUUCAAGAUGCCCCAAAGGAAGCAGAAACUUCAACGCUGAAUGGUCCACUGGCAGAAAAUGUAUUGACUGCAAGCAUGAAGCCUCGAACUCCAGAUGAUAGAACUCUAAAAAUGAGCAAUAAAGGUUUGUCACUGAAGAUUCUUGCUUUAAAAAUAUUUGCCUUUUUCAAUUGGGAUUUAGAAAUGGUAGAACAAAAACUCCCUCUUCCAUUGCAGUUGACGCUAAUAAAUGACUUACUUAAACUAGCAAACGUUCCUUCUUGGACUCACUUAUGUAUUGAUUAUAGUACUCAGCCUGACCAUAUUCUUUUUGCUGUUUCACUCUAUCAUCGUUGGGCAUUACGAGCAAUCUAUGCUUCAGGACAGACAAAUAAGCAGACUAGAAACAUGGCUCUACAUAACCCUCAAGAUUCCCAGCAUGUCAAUGAGGAAAUACUCGCAAGAUUGGAAGAAGAAUCUGAAAAAACUGUAAAAAUUAUGGGACUUAUUGUUGAAGCUGCAAAUUCUCGUGGACCUUCAUUAUUAAUACCAAACUCUCAAGCUUUUGUUCCUUUAUCUGAAGAUGAUGGAGAUUUGAACAUUGAUUGGAGUGGUGCGUCUAAAAAGAUAUCUAUAAAUGAGUUUCAAUGUCAGCUCCUCUUUGAUGUUGCCGUUUAUCAGUUCUUCUAUGAAUCCUAUACAAUUGCAGGACAAAAUUUUCUAACUUGUCGCAAUCGUUUUGUUGAUUGGAAAGCUGAAUGUGAGAAGUCAGGUGCCAGUCCAGUAUUCUGUCAAGUAGACGAAAAAGUUCUUGAAGGCUAUGUUUCCGCCAGUCGCCCACUCCAUCUGCAAGCCCCAUCAUUGACAUUGUUACAACAAUUCCUUGUGUCUUGUCGUGACAAUUACACAAAACUUUUAGACUUCCUAGAAGAAGAUAACAGGAGGAGGGAAAUUCCUCAGUUGUACCGUGACUGUCUCGAGCUAGAAAUAGCUGCUGGUCUCUCAAGUGGAACUCUGACAGCUACUCGCGACUUGCUAAUUCGCAUUCAAACCCUGAAUGUUGUCAGAAGAGUUCUAGACUCAACACCAACAAACUAUGACUUCUUGAGUAAGUUGAAACAAGCAAGAAAAGCGGAAAAAAUAUUAGUCUGGGCUCUUCAAAAGACUUUUGACUUACCGGAGGAAGAUCUCAACAAGCUGCGCUGUUUCAUGAAUGAUCUUAUUCUAGCCUGUGAUGAAACACUUGCAGAAAGCAUUUGUGAUGAGCCAAAACUUCAGCAUUUGAUUAGUAAUGAUCUAAAAUGUCACGUAAAGGGUUCAACCUCGUUACCAGUAGCAAUGAAGGGUGAAGGUCGUGGUCUUGACUCUCUUAGGAGCACAUUAAGAGAACGUUAUAAUCCCCAAUUGGAGGCAUUCACGCUUGAAUGGGAUAUUCUACGUACCACUGAUCCACUGAAACUCAAGGAACUAAUUUGUGCUGCUGUUCAGACGCAACAGACAAGAAGCAGCUCUUCAAUUUUCUCAAGACUUGAUCAAACAUGGGAUUUACCACAAUCACUCCACUCUGCUCUCAUGAACUUAGGUCCUAGUUUUCUUCAACAGUUUCUGUAUAUUUCUUUGGCAAAAGUGAAGCAGCUUGAGCGUGAAAAAGAGUUCAGGGAUGCAAGAGAGUUGUUGAAUGCUGUAUCAGAAGAAAUGAAUUGUGGGAUUAGUGCUUUUCAUCUAAGGCAGCUCAUAAAUUGGGAAAUGCUCUUCCUGAACAUCAAGCAAUUCCACAGUCAAUGGCCCUCAUUAGACAUUAAUCGUCGUGAACUGCACAGCCAUUGCAUUAUGAUUGUUCAGUCAACCAACAGUAACGAGAACAAUGCACAUUUGGAAAUUAUUGAAGCAGCUGCAAUCACACUACUUAAUCUUGCAGAUUGGGAAGCAUUAACAUCAAGAGCAUUUAUAGAUCCAUCAAGUCCAUCUUGUCAGUUGAUAACAGCAAUGGCAUUUGCAUGUCAGGAUAUGAUCAAAUUCAAAGGCAAUAAGAAGGUGACUAGAGAUGCAUGGGAUUUGGUUGUUCCAGCUUUUUUGAAUCAAGGGUCUAGUGGAAAACGUGGGAAUAUAGCCAAUCUAGCUCAUGGGCAGACCAGCUCCAACAGUAAUGGAGUAACUCUUUCAGUUGUAACUCAAGUCUUGGCAGAUCUAAGAGAUGUAACUGCGCUGACAAUCGCUAUCUCUUUGUUAUCUAGAAUACAUAACUUACUAAGGGACGAUCAGUAUGGACUGGAACUGGAUGCUGAUCAUACUGGUAUGUGGCCUGGGGUUAUGAACAACAGAAACAGUUACAAUAUCAAAAUUGUUACCGAAGUACUUUCACAAACACUCACUCAAGCAAUAUCUUUCUAUCCGACCAGUGUAACAUUGUUGAAGCUUUUUGGUGACCUGUACUAUGUGAUGCAACAUUAUGCUUCUUGCUUGAAAUACUAUUUAAUGGCAGCCGUACACAACACCGACUAUUUCACCAAGCCCCUCACACUUGAAGAAAAUGUUUUCAGGCGUAUGACUCGAUGCUGCACUCAUCUUCAGUGCUUUGCUCAAGCUGGUAUCCUGUGUCAAUUCACUGAGGACGUCGAAUACAAUUUGGCUUAUAAGUAUCUUUCGGAACAAGUGUCUUGGGAUGCUAUGGAUUCUUACUACAACUGCAUUUGGGAUAUCAACAUUUUGGAAUAUCUAGUCCACCUUCAUCAUAAACGCGGCGAAGCUCACAGGAAGCAGAAAGCUGUCAAGGUGAUUGGAUUGCUGGAGUUGAAUGCCAACAACAAUGAGGAGAUCAGGCGUGAGGCUGCCAAUAUAAGAAAAGCCAGGUUCAUGCGCCAAAUGGUUGCUCAGUAUGUUGGUCUCUGCGCACUUGCCAACACCAAGCAAUCCGGCCGCUCUGCAUCUGACGACAAUUAAGUGCAUUUUUGACAGUAACUCGGGUUUUUGUUCUUGUAAAUAGAAGCAUCUCAUUUAAUUAAUCAUGAUAUGCUAUCACAUAGUACAGAGCGUUCCAAAUUAUUGGAAAAUAUCAUUUUCAUAAUUAACAAACUGAAAAUUU